AUGGCACUGGGACCGGCACCGGCACCGGCACUGGCACCGGCUUCGGAACGGGUCUUCGCCGUGCCCGAACUCCUCGAAAACAUCCUUUCGAAGGUUAACAAGACUUAUCUUCUCGUCGACAUGCAGCGGGUAUCUAAACAUUGGAAAGCCGUCAUCGAGGGAUCGCCUAAAUUUCAGAAGGCCUUAUUCUUUCGCGCAAGCUCUACCUCUAUGACCCCGUACAGGAGAUACAUCAAGAAUCUCAAGUUGGCGUCCGUCGCCCGGCCGUUCUUCAGCGUAGCACUUUUUCAACGCUAUGACUCCGAAGACAAACAGUCUAGUCACAUUUGGAUGAAGGAUAUCGUCUGGCACUUCGACUCUGAUGUCAAACCAAAAUGGCUAGUCAAAGACGCUUCUUGGCGCAAAAUGUUUGUGUCUCAGCCACCUAUCAAGAGACUUCAUUGGGAAAUUCAAAGAGACGACCAGGAGAAUCACGGACUAUCCUUGCCUGGAACCAUAGCAGAGCUUGAAUUCCCAGAAGGAUUACGGAUGGGUGACUACUACGACCUCAUCCUUGGCACUAGGGGCACCCACGAAGUCGUAUGGCCGAACGUGUUUGGGAGGGUCCUGAGCCGUGCCGACGGGAGUGAUCCGACUCGGCGGAUGGAAUACAAGAACGGGGGAGCGAACGAGAAACAUGCGAUCCUGGUCAAGCAGCAUGUAUUUCCAGAUGAGGAGCACCCGACCCCCAGCCGGGAUGACUAUUGGAAUCCCACAGACCUUCAGAAAUAUCACAAGAACAUUCGUAUGGUGAAGGGGCUGGAUGUCAAGACGACAGAUGGGACUGUGACUUGGAGCUACAAAUGGCUGGGAAAUGACAGCGCCUCGGGUAUGAGGAUGUUCCUUCGCGCGGCGCAAGAAUGGAUCCCCGAAGUUGACGACUACUAUUAUUAA